CACGGGAACAGAGGACUACAGGAACCAGAUCAACAACAACAACAACAGCAGCCACGAGAGUCUUGUCUUCCAGAUCCCCCACGGACACAAACCGGGGACCUUCCCCACCUCCCUCGCCCACAAACACGGCAUCCUGUCCCCCAUCAUGGACAACACGUCCGUCAACUGGAGGACGGGGAGCUUCCACGGUUACCGGGGGCGACACAGUAGUAGUCGCCACGGCACGUCGUCGCUGGCCGCCAACGACCAGGCCCCACCGUCAUCGUCUUCUACUUCUUCUUCUGCAGUUGACGUCGGCGUCCGGAGCCCCCUCGCCGUGCUGGAUCACCGGCUCAGUAUCUAUGACAACGUGCCUGACGACCAGCAGCUGUCUGAAAGUGAAGGAGGCAGCGGAGGGAGCGGCAGUGAUGCAGAGCGGACCAGUGAAGAGUCAGAGGUGAGUCGGCUGUUAGCAGGUGAGGACGUUUUCUCGGCUCUCGACAGCGUUUUGGAAAGAAUCAACGAUCUCCAACAGCUGGUCACCACCUGGACUGAAAACCUAUCAGAGGACGACUGUCAGAGAGGUUCCUCCGCCUCUUCCUCUUCAUCCUCCGCCUCCUCUUCUUCUACCUCUUCCUCCUCCUCUCAGGACUCACCUGCCCACGGCUCCUCGGCCGCCUCGCCCUGCCCUUCCUCCCCUAGUCACAUCCACCUGGAGGUGCAGCAACCUGCGGAGGAGACGGAAGAGGAGGAGGAGGAGGAGGAAGAGGAGGAGGAAGAGGAGGAGAAGGUACCAGUGAAUGGAGAAGAGCCAAAGACCAGAUCACCAGAACAAAGGAGCAGCCGAGUGAGUCAGCAGCUUCACUGGUCCAGCGAGCAGAGUCUUCCCUCCCUGCCUACCAGUCCAGGAGUCGUGGACCAGUCUGUGACCCAGUUCCUUCUCCUGCAGAAGCUCUCGCUGCUCAAACUCACCGCUCUGAUGGAUAAAUACUCUCCGUCCAGCAAGCAGGGAUGGAACUGGACUGUUCCUAAACCGCCGAGGAAGACCAAGGCGACGGAGGUGAAAGGUCGGAGGGUUUUCGGGGUUCCUCUGCUGCUCAGCGUCCAGCAGACAGGCGAGCCGCUUCCUCCCAGCAUCCUCAGAGCGCUGAUCUACCUGAGGACCGAGUGUUUGGACCAGGUGGGUCUUUUCCGUAAGUCGGGGGUAAAGUCUCGUAUCCAGUACCUGCGUGAGCUGGUGGAGUCCGACCCCGACGGCGUCUCGUACGACGGUCAGUCUGCGUUCGACGUGGCCGACAUGGUGAAGCAGUACUUCAGAGACCUGCCUGAACCCGUCUUCAGCUGCAAACUCUGCGAGUCCUUCCUCCACAUUUACCAAUAUUUCCCCAAAGAUCAGCAGCUGAUCGCGGCUCAGGCUGCUGUCUUGCUUCUUCCCGAUGAGAACCGGGAGGCGCUGCGGACGCUGCUCUACUUCCUGCGUGAUGUGGUGGCCUGCGUGGACGAAAACCAGAUGACUCCCACCAACGUCGCCGUCUGCUUGGCGCCGUCGCUUUUCCACCUCAACACGCUGAAGAGAGACGCCAAUGUACCAAGGUCACACAGGAAGUACAGCCUCGGUCGUCCAGACCAGCGAGACCUCAGCGAGAACCUGGCUGCCACUCAGGGCCUCGCUAACAUGAUCACUGAGGCUCAGAGACUCUUUGAGCUUCCAGAGUUUUGGCCCGGUCAGAGUUUGAGUGCUGCAGGACCGACUGAGGACUCCGUCUCUGAAGAAGGAGGAGGACCGAUGUCCCAGAGUCAGAGUGGAGGCGAGGAGGAGCAAGAGGAGAAGAGGAUCAAGCUGCAGCUGAGCACACAGCAGCUCCUGAAGGAGGCCAAGGAGAAGAGCCGAGGAUGGGAGAGCCACCCGGCUCCAGAGCACGUUGAGCUGGCCUAUAAGAAGAUGGACGACGGCUGCCCGCUGUGGAUGUGGCAAGGCUCGGUGGAGGUGGACGCCCCUCAGAACGAGCUGCUCCACCGGCUGCUGAGGGAGCAGGAGGUGUGGGAGGGAAACCUUCGCCAAGCCGCCGUCAUCCAGACCUUGUCCAAGAACACCGAAAUCUACCGUUACCUCCUCCAGGGCCAGGGCCACGGCUUGGGCUACCGGCCCCCACAGGAGCACCUGCUGCUCAGGACCUGGCAGGCAGACCCGUCCUCCGGCCCUCUGUACCUGUCCUCCGUGUCCACAGAGCACCCUGAGGUGCAGCUGGAGGGAGUCAAGGCCCUGGUCCACACCUGCCUCUACCUGCUGGAGCCUACUGGAGCCAGAAAGACCCGUCUGACGCACCUCUGUCGAACCGACACCAGGGGUCGGUCGCAGGAGUGGCACAGCAAAGUGAGCGGACAUCUCCUCGCCUCGAGCCUCCUGGCCAUCAAGAACUCCUUCAGAGCCGAGCACAAAGAGACCAAGAUAUGAAUCUAAGAUAUGAAUCUAAGAUAUGAAUCUAAGAUAUGAAUCUACGAUAUGAAUCCACGGAGCCGAACCCGAAGCCUUUGGGAUGAUUCAUAACAUAUUUUGCACUAAUAAAGCAGCACUCGCCCUCCGACUCCUACUGCGGUUAAACUGCAGAAGUUUCUCUAUGAAGUGAGACUAUGUGGCCCAAAGCACAGCAAGAAGGGAAGGUGACCUGUGAUGGAGGGGGGGGGGGGCUUCACUUAACAACAAAACAAACCCCCAAAAAACCCAUUUGUGUAUAUCUUUUUGGCUUCUGUUGGAGUUGUCGCCCUUUUUAAGUGUGUUUUUCUGUGUGUGUGUGUGUGUGUGUGUGUGUGAGAGACCUUGUACUUUGCCAGAAGCACCUCUGCACCCCCCCACCCCCCCUUCACCCCUCGCCCCUGCUGUGCCUGUUACGCUUCACACUCAAGUUCAAACCAUUAAAAUAAAAAAAAGAAAGAAAGAAAGAAAGAAAGAUGGCUUUAACUUAAAAAAACAAGGACGUUUUAAUGUGGAGGGGCGAUGAAGCAAGAGGUGAAACUUUUAACUUUCUUACCUUGAACUCUGUUAUAAAGAUUAAAAAGAAAAAAGAGAGAGAGAUGUAAAAGGUUAAAGAGUCAUCACUUCUUUCCUGCAGCCAGAGGAGGAUGAAGGGGGGAAGAGGGGAGGGGGAGAGGGAGGGGGGGAGGGGGGGGGACACACAUGGCAGCUGCCUGGACAAACACAGGAAAUAAAGACAGAAAAACAUCAGGAAACAGACUUUCAACCACUAGACAUUUGGGUUCAGGGAAGAAGGAGAGAAAGAGAGGAGAGAGAGAAAGGGGGGAAAUGGUGAAAAGAAAAAAGAGGGAGGAGAAGAAGAGCUGCGUCACCUGUUUAAACAACAGAAGAAGAAGAAGAAAGAAAGAGAUGAUUAUCUUCAUACUAAAACAAAAAUGAGCUGAAGUGAAUUUCUGAGACUUUUUUUCUUUUAUAAAAAUAAAAAUAAAAAGAGAGAAAUGUUUCCUUUUUUAACUUUUGAGCCGUGUGGAGCAGACGGAUCAGCUGUGUGUCGACACAUUACCACAUUUUUAUUUUUGAGUGACUGUUUCUCUGCUUUCUGACACAAAACAAAGACAAAGAGUGACACCGGUUCAAUUAAAAAAAAGACGAGCGAUAUCUACCUCUCUUGUGGAGUGACGGAGGCAGAAGAGAGGAGGAGGAAGAAGAGGAGGAAGAGGAAGAGGAGGAAGAGGAGGAGAGACUAUCAGAUAUCCAACCAGAUGUUUUUGUAACAUUUUGUAUUUAUACGUCUCUCUCUGAGCUCUGUACAGUCUUAUUUUGAUGUGUGCACGCUAUAUUUUUAGAUUAUUUAACUUAAUGUACAUCUAAAUACAAAUGUUAUAUAUCCAGAUAUGUCUAUUUAAUUCCAGAAAGAAGUGUAUAUGUGUGUGUGUGUGUGUAUAUGUGUGUGUGUUAUCAGUGCCAAACACCUAAUUAAAAUGUUUAUUUCUU